AUGUCUCAAACUUUGAAAAAGAGGGGAAAGAAGGCUGGUUCGUCCAGCACUUCGCUGACAGAUGUACACCCAGAUCCCAUUGUGGAUACCAAAAAAACCACUCUGUUUUUCACUCAGAAGGAACCCGAACUGGCAUACUGGAUAGCAUUGGCUGCGGUCACGGCAGUAGCAGCAUUCGUCAGAUUCAGACUACUUGGAACUCCGGCCAAGGUUGUUUUUGAUGAGGUCCACUUUGGUAAAUUUGCGUCAUACUACUUGGAAAGAACUUACUUUUUCGAUUUGCACCCACCAUUUGCUAAACUUCUCAUAGCUUUUGCCGGUUGGCUAGUUGGAUAUGACGGCUCUUUCAAGUUCGAGAACAUCGGUGACAACUACAUUGAGAACAAUGUUCCAUACAUUGCGUACAGAACGCUUCUGGCAAUCCAGGGCACCUUGAUUGUGCCCGUGAUGUUCAUGACCAUGAAGACCCUUGGUUUCACUGUUGCCGCAUGUGUUUUGUCGUCCUCGCUCGUGUUGUUCGACAAUGCUCAGGUCAUUGACUCCAGAUUAAUUCUUUUGGACGCUACAUUGAUCUUGAGUGUGGCCCUCACCAUGUUCACCUACUGUAAGUUCUCCACUUAUCGCCGUCAGCCAUUCUCCAAAUGGUGGUGGAUUUGGUUGCUUGCUACAGGUGUGUCAUUAUCUUGUGUGAUAUCCACCAAGUAUGUUGGUGUGUUUACUUACUUUACCAUUGGCAUUGCCGUGAUUCAUGAGUUAUGGAUAUUGCUUGACAUCAAGAAGGGCUUAUCCAUUGAGGAAUUUGCGCAGCACUUUCUCGCCAGAUUCUUCUCCCUCAUUGUCAUGCCAUUCGUGAUUUACUUAUUCUGGUUCUACUUGCACUUUGCUAUCUUGACCAAGUCAGGCCCAGGAGACGCUUUCAUGUCUUCCGAGUUUCAGGAGACUUUGGAGGAGUCACCAAUGGCCAAAUACUCCAAAUCUGUCCAUUAUCACGAUGUUCUCACCAUCCAGCACAAGGAAACGGAGGCAUUCUUGCACUCCCAUGAUCUUGUUUACCCAUUGAGAUAUGAAAAUGGUAGAAUAUCUUCAAACUUGCAACAGGUAACUUGUGUUUACGACCAAGAAGGUCAGGAGAUUAAGGAUGUCAACUCUCAGUGGGAGAUUGUUCCUACUAAGGAGGUUGGUCCUAAUCUGAAAGUGUACACGAAUGAUGUUGUCAGAUUCAGACACAUCGGCACCGGUGGCUUCUUGUUGACUCACGAUGUUGCAUCCCCAUUGCUCUCCACCAAUGAGGAGUUUGUUGUUGUCCACGGUGAUGUUGCCGACACGAGAUACAACGAGACUUUGUUCCGUUUGCGUUUUGCAGAGGCAGGUGGCAAGAACAAGAACAAGAGAGUCGCUAUAAAGACCAAGGCAACUCCUAUGAGAGUGCUCCAUGUUGACACGGUUGUAGCCAUGUGGACUCAUGACGAUGAAUUGUUGCCAGAUUGGGCCCUCGAACAUCAAGAAGUUAGUGGUAACAAGAAGGUCCAAGAUGGUGACAACGUGUGGACUUUUGACAGCAUUGUCAACAUGAAGCGUGAGGAUCCCAGGAACCACUACGUUCCAAAGGAGGUGAAGACGCUUCCAUUUUUGAAGAAAUGGUGGGAACUCCAGGGUUUGAUGUUCUUGCACAACAACAAGUUAUCUGCUGAACAUCCGUUCGCUUCGCAGCCAGACGCUUGGCCACUUGCCUUGUCUGGUGUCUCUUUUUGGAAUGACAACGAUGAGAGAAAGCAGAUCUUCUUUAUUGGUAACGUGAUUGGCUUCUGGAUCGAGGUUGGUUUCUUGGCUGUCUACGUUGGUUUUGUCCUUGCAGACCUCGUCACCCAGAGAAGAGCAGUUGAGAUCAUCACACCACAGGCCAGAUCAAGACUCUAUAAUACAUUAGGCUUCUUCUUCAUUGGCUGGGCUGCACACUACUUCCCAUUCUACUUGAUGGGCAGACAAAAAUUUCUUCACCACUACUUGCCUGCGCACCUCAUUGCCGCUUUGUUCACCGGUGCCAUCGUUGAGUUCUUGUGUACUAACAAGACCGCCAAAAACAAGAAAGGUUUGGCUCCAGCCGCAAUCGACAAGGUUAGACUUAUUAGUGCUACCGUUGUGGUGAUUGCAAGUACCGCAUGGUUCCUCUGGUACAUGAAAGCUAUUACCUACGGAAACAUGGCGCUUCCAGCCGAGGAAAUCAAGAAGAGACAGUGGCUAGACAUCAAUCUUCACUACGCCAAGUAA